AACCCACUCGGGGCUCGGGGCCUCCAGUACACUCGCCGCCUUCGGUCCCACAUGUCGCACGGUGCGCGAGUGCGCUUUCGAUACAUGCCGAGGAUUUCGCAAGCGUUUUGGCAACUCCGACCUUGAGCCGAGCCCGCUGGUCGUAGGUAAAUUCCCCUCAAAGGACUAGGAAAUCCUUCGGGAUUCAAAGGUGCGCAUCAAGACUUAAGAAGAGUCGGAAAAGACAUCCGCCCUUUUUGGAUCGCGCCAAUGGCUGCGAUAUAUCGCACUUGUGUAAAAUUCUAUCGAAAUAACUAUAGUCAGAAGGAUAUCUGAAUAAAAUGUCUAGCAACGCCCAGAAGAGAUAUCUUCUCAAAGUCUGUGUUGCCUGCGCUGAUCGUAUAUGCUACUUUUUUCAAAUAAAAAUGGAAUGGUGUCUUGGAAUAGUAGCGUACGAAAGUAGUGUAUAGUACGAUUCGCGAAGGAAAUGUUUAUUCGAUUUGUGUGAUCCACAAUUUGCUUCGCUUGGAAACGAGGAUGGUAAUGCAAUUUUUCAUUUUGAGUGGCCCAGAUUCCGGCGAGCCGGAACUACUAUAGCCGAUCUCCAGGAAGAUGAAGGGAUGGUUCGACGCCUUUCGCAGCGACGGCGGCCCGACGCUAUACAGCUACAGCAACCGCACUCCCGUCACCGGUGACGUUCCCUUGGUUAUCGUAUUCGUGAUAUUCGGUACCCUGUUCACGGCGUUUCUAGUCAUAUUCCCGGGUGUCAGGAAGGAGCGGUUAACCACAUUUCUCACGGUUACCCUGAGCCUCUUCGUGGGUGCGACGAUUCAAGUGGCGCAAUACGGCUCAUCAUGGCAUACGAGCUCCGCUACCAUUGUCAGCUCUUACAGCGCUUUCUCCAGGCACAAGGCAACGGCCGACAUCGGCGGUUACAUCGGCUUGAUGCACAUCAAUAUAACGUACAGGUUAUUGCCAGGUAGCGAGCAGACGAGCGGCGAUGUCGAGUACAAUGAACGGUUUUGGUGGCGGAGUUCCGGCGAGAUGACUAACGCCUUCAAGCAGGCCCUUCACCAGGGCGCACCGUUCCCCAUCGUCUCCUUGGCGGAGUACUUUAGCCUCCACCAGGAGGGGUUCUCCUGGGGCUCGCGAUAUCGCGAAGCUGGAUACUACGCCUCGAUAAUGCUAUGGACCUCCUUCGCCUCGUGGCUAAUGAUGAACUUGUUACUCAUGGUGGUACCGCGAUACGGGGCGUACGGCAUGAUCUUUACGGGUCUGUGCAUGCUGCUGACGAAUCUGAUCUACACGGCGCUCCUACCGUGCGAGCCACUGAUAGCUCACAUCGAGGGCUCGAUUCUCUCCUUCAACCUCGGCUGGAACUAUUGGCUGGUGUUAUCAGCCGGUGCCGCGUGCCUCUUCGCGGGACUCGUAAUAACAGCCAUAGACAUGAUCUUCCCCCAUCAAUUCUCGACUAUACUCGAGGUCGACUACGACACGCCGUAUGACAGGCAUGUCAUUAUAGAGGAGAGUUUCGAUACGCGUAACGUUAGGCGGAAAGUUCCCAAGAUUGAGGAUUCGUUCGGCGACCGAAUAAUGAGUCAAUUGUCGUCCAAACUUCACAAUAGGCACGCUGCUAAAGAGGACAUCGAAGGUGUCAUUAAUCGAGGCUAUACGUCGCACGAGCUGUCCGAAUACCCGCAAGAAAUCGGCGAUGAGUCCAGCAAGAGUAAUUGGUCGUAUCCAUUCCCACCAGCCACACGCAGAACCGUUAAUGGCUAAUAUAUUUUUCGAAUGCUGCAGACAGUUACGAUACUCAUCGACUUUCCGAAACGUUAUUAAGAACAUUUAGAUACCUAUUUUAUUAUAUAAAUACUAUUUAAUAUUAUUUAAUAAAAAGAGGAAAUCCAAAA